AUGGCUGCCAAGCCCUCCACUGCUGCCGAGAAAGCCCUCCAGAAGAUCCAGGACCAGGUCACCUGUGGGAUAUGUCUGGAGCCCUACAAACAGCCGAGGCUGCUCAAGUGUUUCCACGUGUAUUGCGAGCAGUGCCUGCAACGUCUGGAAACAAAGGCAGACCUCUACUGCGAGACGUGCGACGAGUUGAUAUGUCGAGACUGCAUCGUUCGUGUUCAUCGCGACCACCAGUACGAUCUGGUGCCCGAGUCGUUUGCCAAGCAAGAGAAAGUGAUCGUGGACUCUCUCAAGCCAGUGGAAGAACAGAUUGCUACGUUAGAAAGAGCUGUUGAGUCGGUGAACACUCGAUGUGCUGCAGUCGUAGAACAGAAGACGGCUGUGGUGGCAGAGAUCCGCACUGCCAUGGCACACCUGCGACAAGCUCUAGAGGCGAGGGAGACAGAGCUGGUGGGUCAAGCAGAGCAGACGGCACAGCAGAAACUGAAGACCUUGGCAGCACAGCGAGACGGGUUUGAACUGCAACUGGGCCAGCUGAGGAGCUGCCAGGACUUUGUGGAGGAGAGCCGACGUACUUGCAGGCAGGGGGAGAUUCUGAGGAUGAAAAGUCCUAUCGUGAAACAAGUCAACGAUCUGACAGGCAGCUUCAAACCGGAGACAUUGGCUCUUGCCGAGCAAGCCGACAUGGUGUUUGCUCACAGUCUACCUGAACUGGUGAAGACUUGCCAACGGUUUGGUAAGGUGUACUGCAGUCAGGUGUGCCCUGAGAAAUGUCGAGCCUCAGGUGAAGGCAUCAAGGUAGCCAUGAGAGGGCAAAUAGCGGCUGUCUCUGUAGAGGCUUUAGAUAGGGAGGGAGAAGCCUACCUCAGACCUGUAGGCAGCUUGAGGUGUGAGCUAGUUGCUUGCGAUGGCAGCAGUCGAGUCAGGGGCACUGUGAAGAGAAGAAAUCGGAACAUCUACGACAUCAGCUACCAGCCUCAGGCCACUGGAGAACUUCAACUACACGUUCUAAUUGAAGAGCACCCGAUCUUGAACAGUCCGUUCACUGUCACCGUUCUACCCAACUUCACUGCCCCAGCCAACAUCAUUGGAGACCUCAAUGGGGCCAUGGGGUAUAGCUGUCAGGGAGGGAGGGGAGGUGGUGGUAGCAGAACGUGUGGUCACUGUGUAUCAAUCAUCAGUGGUAAUGGAGAGAAGAAAUCAUUUGGUACUCGUGGCUCAGGUCCUGGUCAGUUCGACAGUCCUAAGCAGUUGUCAUCCACUGGCAAACACCUCAGAACAGUCGGUACCCAGGGCAGUGGACCUCUUCAGUUCCAGUAUCCAGAGGCAUUACAGUUCAUCCUCACACUGGCAAGAAUCCAGGUCUUCACAGUCGAUGGAGUCUACUUGAGGCAGUUUGGGAAGAAGGGAGAAGGAGAGGGAGAACUAAACGAGCCAGUCAGUAUUGCUAUUGACUCUGGCAAUGUAGUGUAUGUUGGUGAACUGGGGAACAAUCGUAUAUCAAUAUUCUCUACUGAUGGAGAGUUUAUCAAGUCAUUUGGAAGAAGGGAAAAGGACAGCGGGAGCCUCCUGUCAGGUUGCAACGACAAGAUGCUGCGAGUGUUUGACCUGAGUCGGCCGGACUCCGACCCCCAGCUGCUGGCCGGCAGUUCGUCUGCCGUCAAGUCUGCCGUCUGGACCAGGGAGCCGGCCAUGCUGUCUUCCUGCUGCGAGGACAAGGAUAUCACUAUCGAACUGUCUCAUGAUAGACAGUUCCUCACUGUCGCCCACGGUUCAAAGGUCACCAUCAUCAAUGCCGCAAGGCUGUGGGACACUCGUACAGGGGGUGUGGCUAAGACGCUGGUCCUGGAAUCCCCGGCAACCAGUAUCGAACUGUCUCAUGAUAGACAGUUCCUCACUGUCGCCCACGGUUCAAAGGUCACCAUCAUCAAUGCCGCAAGAUCAAGGAGCUACAGUCAGUACACCAUCUACUACACCGGACUCCUCCUCUGUGUCCUCAGUAUUAUUCACUGGGCCUACAUCUCAUCAGCAGUCAUCGACUUUUUCCUAACUUUUCUUGUCGUCAUUCAGCUAAUUGUGAUAGCUCUAUUCUUCUGUUCCUGGGCCGCACGCAUACUGAAAUACGAAAACAUUCUCAAAGUUAUUCUUUAUGGAGUGUUGUUAGCUCUUCUGCUGUACUUCUUUGCCGUGACGGCAUGGGCUAUACUCAGACUGCAAAAUGACAAACAAGAGUGCACACAGCCCCAGUGGCUACUGUUCUCGGCGUCCCAACUUCUGGUGGUCCAACUGUUCUUCGCUGCCGUCAUCUACAUCUCUCGCAAGCUGAGUCAAAUCACGACAGCUCGCAGCAACCGCCUCUCACAGAAAGCCCAACUUUGGGGGUUGGUGAUUGUGUAUCAAUUGGUUACCGUGGUGACAUUCUCCUAUGACCUCGCCCUGCUAAUCACUCGUCGAGAGACGAUGAUUGCCAGACGUUUUUCACGAGUAACAACGCGGCAAUAG